AUCACCGAUGUGGAAACGUGUCUUGUUCAUCCUUGUUGAAACAAGCCUAACAACCAACUUUACCUUUAUAGGAAACAUGGACAUAUACGCCAAGACAGCGUUGUUUAGUAACAUAAAGGUCUUCGUGUUGUGUCAUGGCCUGCUCCAGCUCACCCAGCUCUUGUAUAGCUCUUACUUCAAAAGCACAAUCACCACAAUCGAGAGACGCUAUGGCCUGGACAGCCUCUCCUCAGGAACCAUCUCUUCCCUCCAUGAGGUAGGGAACACGGUGCUCAUAGCGUUCGUUAGUUACAUGGGUAGUCGGGUUCACCGACCUCGCUUCAUUGGACUGGGAGGCCUGCUAAUGUCCAUCAGUGCCAUCCUCUUAGCUCUACCUCACUUCCUGUCCCAGCCCUACACCUUUGACUCUGUUGUGGAUCCCGAAGGCAAGCAGGAAAUGUGUUAUCUGCGUGCGAAUGCAACGGGUCCAGAGGCUUGUGGUCGGGAGGAUUCACGGAAACUUGUGGACACCAGUAAAUUUUGGGCGUUGAUGGUUACAGCCCAGCUGCUGUUUGGAAUCGGUUCUGUCCCCAUUCAACCUUUCGGAAUCUCUUUUAUAGAUGACUUUGCAGGAGCUGGGAAUUCCGCUCUUUAUAUUGCUAUUCUCUUUGCUGUGUCAGUGUUUGGGCCUUCUUUUGGAUACCUCCUGGGCUCGGUGGUUUUGCGGAUAUAUGUGGAUGUGGACAAAGAAAACGUUUUGGGUGUAAAAGAAAAUUUGACCCCUGCUGACCCUCGAUGGGUUGGUGCGUGGUGGAUGGGUCUGCUCAUCACAGCUGGAGGUCUUGCUCUCACCUCAAUCCCUUACUUCUUCUUUCCCAGAGCACUUCAUGUAGAGAAGUCUUUCGAAUUGGAAGGUGGCAUAAUGAAAGAAGACCCCAGGAAGACAGAGGGCUCCAUGCUGGAUUUCUUUAAAAUGUUCCCUAAGAUGUUCGUCAGGCUGCUGUUGAGUCCUGUCUUCAUGCUGCUGAUUCUGACCCAGUGCUGUUUCUCCUCCGUGAUCGCUGGACUCGCCACCUUCCUCAACAAGUUCCUGGAGCGGCAGUACAGUGCCUCCGCGGCCUACGGCAGCCUUCUUAUUGGUGCUUUAAACCUGCCAUCCAUUGCAGUGGGGAUGGUCCUGGGGGGUCUGAUUAUGAAACGCUGGGGUUUGUCGUUCAGAGCCAUUCCACGCUUCUCUGUUGUAAUGCUCACCAUUUCUAUCUUAUGCUGUCUACCACUCUUCUUCAUGGGAUGCCCCACACAAGAUGUUGCUGGUGUUUAUCCCAAAACAUCUAAUGCCAAUAAUGGGUCUCCGUCCUGUAGUGCCAAUUGCUCCUGUCCCAGCAGCGCCUUUAACCCAGUGUGUGGGGAAAACAACAUUGAAUACAUCUCACCCUGCCAUGCUGGAUGCACAAACUUCACCAAGGAUCCCGAAAACCCAAACAGAGUCAAGAUUUAUAAUAACUGCCGGUGUAUUUUUGAUGUGGCCACUGCCAAGCCUGGCCCUUGCGCCAACACCUGCCCUCACUAUCUCCUGCCUGUAAUGCUUCUUAUAUCUCUGGCCGGACUUAUUGCCAGCCUAACACACAAUCCUAUCUACAUGAUGGUGCUCAGGUCAGUUCCUCCAGAAGAGAAGUCCUUUGCCAUUGGAGUUCAGUUUCUGCUUCUGAGGGUUCUGACCUGGCUACCAGCUCCAGCUCUGUUCGGGAUGACCAUAGACUCCACAUGUAUCUGGUGGAAAAUGGCUUGUGGAAAAAAGCAAGGAUGUGGUUACUAUGACAACAACCUCCUUAGAAACAGGUAUCUAGGACUUCAGGUGGGCUAUAAGACAUUAGGCAUUUCACUCUUGGCGUUUAUUGGCUGGAAAAUGCACCGGACCAGAGAGUACAGCUUAGAGAAUAAGCCGGAGGGACUCCUGUGAUGUCUCAACCCUGCUCAGCCCAUCGCAGCUCACUUUUGAGAAGCUUCUCAGUGAGUUGAGCCCCUGGAUAUUUCUUGUCAGAAACCCCUCCUUCUAACACCUGGCUGGAAAUGUGAUGAAUUCAGCUUGGACAUUUCUCAAGUUGUACAAAAAGCUUCUUGGGUAUUUAUUUCCAACGACAUGUAAGCGGGGCCAUAACUGGACAGAUUCAGGGACUUUCCACCUUCACAGUUAUUUUGGUAUUAAUAAAUAACUACAUAUAGCGCUCAAAACAAUUUAUUAUAUUUAAAGACAAAGUUUUCAUCAACAGAUUAUGUAGGAUUUAGGAUUGUGGCACCUUUGGGGAGGACUCAGAACGUUGGAUAAAUGUUCAUGUAUUGUCCUUAACUUUGGUUAAUAUACAAUUUGAUAUUGAUUCAAAAUGGUUUAGUGUUUUUUAUUUUAUUUUAUUUUUUUCCAUUUUUAUUUGAAGACUAUGUGAAUGCGUGGUGUUCUUUAUACCCAAAUACGGAUACACACAGAUACACAAGUGUGUCAGAUAUCAAACGGUGUGUAGCUUCAAAUAACAAAAGUAGCCUGAGGAGAUUUAAAAUGUUACUUUCAAAUGUGAAGACAUUUUGAAAAUAGACAUCAGAUGUUUGUAAAAUAUAUUUUUAUACAUGAUAUUGCUGUUUUAUUAUACACUUUGUGCGUACUUUUUUUUUUGCCACGGUUCUUAAUACAAAUGACAACAUGCUGUUCUUAUUGCUGCUUGGAGUAAUGAAUCGUGACUUUCUGAUAAGUCUAUAUUAUUCAAUAUGUAACAGUUAUUUACCAAUGUAUAAGUUAUUUCAAAUAUAAAAUUUGUUCAGAAUUUGUU